AUGAAUACACUGAGACUGGCCGUCCGUCGCUCGCGACCUCAUGUCGGCAAUGCGAGAUUAUUAACUGCAUCGCGUCUGUACUCGACGUCAAGAAUUUGCCCUUCAUGCUCUUCGCCUCUUCCAACAGCCCUACCUACAUGUCCAAAUUGCUUCCACAUUGAGCCCUUGCCAAGUACUUCCACAUACUUCGACAUCUUUGGCCUUCAGGGCUCUCAAAAUCGCUUCAAUGUCGACACUAGAGACUUGAAGCGUCGAUUUCUGCAAGCUCAGCGGAUAUGUCAUCCCGAUGCUUGGUCCGGUAGAGGAGAGAAAGAUCACAAUGUAGCUGCUGCGCAGUCGUCUACACUGAAUGAGGCUUACAAGACUCUUCAAUCGCCUGUGUUGAGAGCACAGUACAUCUUAAUACAGGAAGGGUUUCCUCCAUCGGAAACCGACAAGUUGACGGAUCGAGGACUUGUAAUGGAGAUUAUGGAAGCAAGAGAACAAGUGGAUGAAGCUGAAAGUUUGGAAGAUAUUGAACGCUUUCGCUCCGAGAACGAAGGAAAAAUGAAGGCAGUAUACGAUAAGAUAGAAAACCUAAUUGCGGAGAAGAAAUGGGAAGAAGCAAGAGAUGCAGUAGUGGAGCUGAAGUACUUGGAGGGAAUCCAAUUGGCAGCAAAAGAAAAGUGGGAUUCAUUAUCACGAUAAAUUGACUAUCCUUAACUAUUAGUAGUGAAAUUAACAAAAGCAUGACCCG